CAGCUGAUAGCAUCUGACAGUUGACGCAAAAUCUGGGACAAGUGAUAUUUCAACAAAAACAAUAAUCACCAGUUGUUUACUAAUCGAAUCACUGAUCGAUCAGUCAACCUGGACACAUCUAAGGAUUAGUUGAGGAGAGCAAUGUGCUGAGGAUUUUUCUGGCGUUCCAUGGUAAUCCUCUGAAAAUUAAAAAAUAAUGCCCAGCACGUAUUUAUAUGCGAUAAACAGCGAGGGCCGGGUGUUGGCCCUCUCGAGUUCUGGUAGCAUGUGGCGAGAAUUUAUGUACCUGGGUCUUGAAUUUAAACGUCUCUCGGCGGUCCCUCAUUUCAUGUGGGCCAUCGGAGGUGACCGACAGGUGUACGUCCACGUGCACGGUCUCGAUAUACCGAUUCGAAUAAAAGAGGAGACUUACGAGAAUGAACGGUGGCUUCCACUCGAGGGUUUCAGUGGAAGGCUCUUACCCACUGACAGAUAUAAUUUCUCGAAUAUCGAUGGAACGGUUGAUAGAUCUAGGGACAAAGUGAAAUUGCCGUCGAUGGCAUGGCAAUGGGAGGGGGACUGGCAUAUCGAGACUACUCUUGAUGGACAACCCUUGGACCAUGACGGUUGGACAUACGCCGUUGACUUUCCAGCCACGUACUCCACCAAAAAGCAAUGGAAGUCAUGCGUUCGUCGACGAAAAUGGGUCCGUUAUCGGCGAUAUUCAGCGCUGAACUCCUGGUGCGCCAUAGCCCCCCUUCAUAAAGACCCAACAAAAGAGCCCUUUAUCGAUGUAGCGAUAGGUGGUACUCAGAUCCCCGCUGGUAAUCCCACGAAUUUAUCCGUAUGGGCAGUAACAGCCCACGGACGCCUCAUGUACCGCGUGGGUGUGUCAUCCACCUCCCCCGAGGGCCAGCGUUGGUCUUCCAUAAAGCUUCCCAAUAGCCUGGAAGUAUCUCAAGUCAGUGUAGGUACUUCCGGCCUAGUCUGGUGCGUAUUGACAGACGGAAAAGCCCUCGUUCGCACCGGUAUCGUCCGGGAGAAUCCAAUGGGGGAUGACUGGAGAACUGUUGAUCCACCAGACAAUUUAAAACUGUCUCAAGUCAGCAUCGGAACAGACGCUCUCUGGGCGGUAUCCCAAGACGACUCCGUCUGGUUCCGGAAGGGAAUCAAAGGAGAGAUGAGUGGCAUCUGUGAACAGCUGGCAACGGGGACCGGAUGGGUUGAGAUGCCAACCAAGAUGGCCAUGGUUUCCGUAGCUCCGAAUGAUCAGGUCUGGGGUAUUGGUCUCGAAGAUCGGUGUCUCUAUUACAGAACUCACAUAUCCACCUCAGAACUCACUGGCAAGAAAUGGAGACCCAUCACGGCGCCACUUCAGCUGUCAAGAGCCAGCUCCAAUGCAAGUCUGUCGUCGAAUCGUCACAGUAUGUGCGGAACUCCCCAACAACAGCGGCAUCAGAGCUGGAGUUCACUGAAUCGUCCCCAGAGCACUGGAGACGCCACUGCCCUGAUCAGAGACUGGGAGGAGCAAUCAAGAUCAGCACCAACUGCGACCUCCUUGAAGACAUGGGAGAAGGCAGACAGACCAAAAGCCUUUCAGGAGACUUUUCCAGGGGAUGAUAAGACGAAAUCAUCAACUUCUGUGGAGUCAAAUGAUCUUACUGAUUCUUCUGGUAACAUCACGAUCUCAAACGAAUCACUAUCUCAUUCUGGGGAAAGCACGAUCGUCUCCGGGAAGGGAAUGGGGAGCACUGUGAAGGUGAAUCCAGCCGCAUGGUCCCCGGUUCACUCGGUGGGUUCGAUGGUUGGAGUGGAGGCGCAUCCAGAAACCGAUGGAAGCAUUUUUGAUCCAGAUUUGACCGGUGAAUCGGGGAUUUUUGGGGAAGAUGAUAGCACUGCUGCUAUGUAUUGGGCGGAAUGCGAUGUUCUCUGGUGUAAGGUUGAAGCAGGUGCCUGUUUCGUUAAUCCCAGCAAUCCUCCCAAGUGGAUCAGCGAUGGACAACACUCAAAUGCCAGUGAAAUUUCGGAAAGCUGGAGGAUUAGAAUUCUUGAAGAACUGAGGACCAGGCAAAGAAAUAUAGAAUCAGCUGUUUGUGACUUAUCAACGUAUGAAAAGGCUAUUGAACGGUCGUCAUGGGUCAAGAAUGGAGACGCGAGGUGUCGAUUGAAGGGCAACAGCAACUUUGAGGAUUGUGUCAUCGAACUGGAAUGGAUCAGCAGUGACACAGGUGCCUUGGACGCUGGUACCUUCACCAUUCUCAAUUCUGAUGGAGCCACAACUGUUCUCCAAUUUCCCGUGUCCGAGAUUGUCGCUGUCAUUAGCUGUUCUGAACCUGGUGCACCGAGACUAGCUAUCCACACUCCUAAACUACCAAAGUCGAAAGUACUGAGACUGCAAUUCUCCAGUGAUACAGAAAUGGAGGAUUGGUUAGGGCAUUUGACAUCUGUCACCUGCAAGAUGAAUAACGUAUACUCAAGACCUGGUCCUAGGUCGAUCUGGACGACAACCGCUUUGGGGGACGUUUACGUUUAUGAUCCUGUAAUAGCUGAAGGUAAUCAGAUGCAUGAGGGAACUUAUUCACAAGAGCUAGAAGUCCAAGGAAGGGACCUUCCGUACGAGACAAUCUUGCAUAACGGUUUCGGCCCCGGUAGUUCGCUUCUCAUAUCCGUUUGCUGCCAUGAUGACGCCGAUCGUCUUGCCUUUAACUUCGUUUCACACAUGGCUUUUGGUAAAAAGGCUACGGAGUCCCAUGACGUGGCCUUCCACUUCAAUCCUCGAUUAAACGAGAACAUCAUUGUCAGGAAUACUUACGAGAAUGGCCAAUGGGGGGAUGAGGAGAGAUCAGGUGGGUCUCCCCUAAAGCCUGGAUCAGACUUUUCAUUAAAGAUCGUCUGCGAAGAGAGGAAAUUUAGGAUCUUUAUCAAUGACCAGGAGUUCACGUCUUACUGCCACAGAAUACAUCCAGGGGGGAUCACCCAUCUCAGGAUAAAGGGUCUGAUGACCCUUCACAAAAUCCUGUAUUCGUCGAAAGAAGUUAUCAUCGAGCCUGUGUCCAUGUUCUGGAGAUUAAUGGGUGGGCAUUUACGAAAGGUGGAGACCUGCCCUUCCGGUAUAACCUGGGGUCUUGGAUACGAUCAUACUGCCUGGGUGUACACCGGUGGUUGGGGUGGAUCUGUCCUGAAGGAGCUAGGCUCCAAUGGAGACAUCAAUCCCAUGACUGACGUACAAAACUACUUUGUUUACGAGAACCAGAGAUGGAACCCGGUGACCGGAUACACCUCCCACGGGCUUCCUACCGACAGAUACAUGUGGAGUGAUGUGACAGGCAAGCACAAGCGAACCAGGGAACACACAAAGUUAAUGUCAAGCCGUUGGAAAUGGAUUUCCGAUUGGAUCGUCGACUUUCAUACCCCCGGGGGUGUCGACAGAGAUGGCUGGCAAUAUGCCACGGACUUUUCAAGUUCCUACCACGAGAAAAAGAACUUCACAGACUACGUGAGACGUAGGAGAUGGUUUCGACGAUGUCAGCUGAUGACUUCAGGGCCUUGGAAGGAAGUCGGCAACACGAAGAUCGUGGAUAUCAGUCUAUUCGAUAAGGGUGAGGGUGAUGGUGUAGAGGUCUGGGCAAUCGCUGCCAAUGGGGAGACUCUUUACAGACGAGGGGUCACUGAGUCAUGCCCGAUGGGUGUCUCCUGGGAACACAUCCCCUCCGACCAAGCGCUAAUUGGAAUAUCCGCCGGGCCGAUGGCACAAAUUUGGGCAGUAGGAAAAAAUGGCAGCUCCUAUUGGAGAUUCGGUAUUUCCACGGCGAAACCCACGGGGGAGGUGUGGGCCAAUGUAGAACCACCACCUGGUGCUCAGUUGAAACAGAUUUCCGUUGGAAAAGGGGGCAUUUGGGCGCUGGAUAGCAGUGGACGACUGGCUGUGAGAAAGGAAAUACAGCCAGGUGUCUUCCCGGAGGGGACACACUGGCAGGUGCUACCGGCCAUGCCAAAUGACCCCAUUCACAUUGAUCAGGGAGUCAUCAAUGCCAAGCAAGGCUUCAGGAUGGUAGCUGUUUCUAAGAUAGAGAGGCAGGUCUGGGCUGUGUCCGGAGCGGGGAUUCUUUGCCGGAGGAUUGGAGUUACUGAGGAGAAUCCAGCGGGGACUGGAUGGACUACUGGCAUUGGUGCAAACUGGCAGCACAUCACUGUUGGUGGACUCUAAUCGCAAUCCUUAAAGCCAAAUAUCGUAAACCGUUGAAAUAAAAUAUCACAGUAUUUUCUCAAUCCUAAAAAUAAUAAUGAAAAGCUUAAAUUUCAAAGUAUCAGAAACACGGCCUGAACCUUAGAAUCACUAGUCAAUGAUUAAUCAUGUUGUUUUUUAAAGACUAUGUAUUUUUCCCCGUUUUCAAUGGGCAAUCAACAUAAGCUGCUGUUAGACGAACUAAUCAUGCUUUUUUUUAUUUUAUAUAUUUUUUGUGAUAUUGAAGACAUUCCCGUGAUGAUAUAUCACGCGACUUUUAAUUCCUAAAUACUAUUAUUUUUGUACAAUUGCCAUGAGAGUGACAUUAAUUAAUAGGGAAAGGAGGGGAGAUACAAAAUAAUUAUUACAGCCAUUUAUACUAUGUAUGUACAGUGAGAGUUAAAAUACUGAAUAAAUUACGCUCAAAUGUGAAA